CCCCCGCCUCAACUUGGUGCCCGGCGCGUGGGUCCGCCGGCGGCCAGUCGGACGGGGGUCGCGGGCCCCUGCGCGCCAGGUCUCUGCGCAUCCGCCGGCCGACGUGCCUUCGCGGAGCGCGGGUCCUCUGCCGGCAGGGCGCUCGCGCCAUGAACCAGAGCCCGGUGUUCGCGCCCCGCAGGGGCGGCUCUCCUCGGCGGGCAGCCGGGGCCGGCGCGCGGCGCAACGAGAGCCAGGACUACCUGCUCUUGGACUCGGAGCCUGGAGACGACGGCUGCCCUCAGCCCCCGCGGCCGGCCUACGGCUACUACCCCUGCCUCCGGGACACCGACAACAGACUGGCCCACCGGCGGCAGACGAUUCUCCGUGAGAAGGGGAGAAGGUUAGCUAACCGGGGACCAGCAUACAUGUUUAAUGAUCGCUCAACGAGCUUAUCUGCUGAGGAGGAACGUUUUUUAGAUGCUGCUGAAUAUGGCAACAUCCCGGUGGUGAGGAAGAUGUUGGAAGAAUGCCUCUCACUGAAUGUCAACUGUGUGGAUUACAUGGGCCAGAAUGCCCUGCAGCUGGCAGUGGCCAACGAGCAUCUGGAGAUCACAGAACUUCUUCUCAAGAAAGAAAACCUGUCUCGUGUUGGGGACGCCUUGCUUCUCGCUAUUAGUAAAGGUUACGUUCGGAUCGUGGAAGCCAUUCUCAGUCAUCCAGCUUUUGCAGAAGGCAAGAGGCUCGCCACCAGCCCCAGCCAGUCUGAACUGCAGCAGGACGACUUUUAUGCCUAUGAUGAAGACGGGACACGGUUCUCCCAUGAUGUGACGCCCAUCAUUCUGGCUGCCCACUGCCAGGAAUACGAAAUUGUGCACACCCUCUUGCGGAAGGGAGCUCGGAUCGAACGGCCACAUGAUUACUUCUGCAAGUGCAGUGAGUGCAACCAGAAACAGAAGCACGACUCCUUCAGCCACUCCAGAUCGAGGAUUAAUGCCUACAAGGGCCUGGCAAGUCCAGCUUACCUGUCACUGUCUAGUGAAGACCCAGUCAUGACAGCUUUAGAGCUGAGCAACGAGCUGGCGGUCCUGGCCAACAUUGAGAAAGAGUUCAAGAAUGACUACAAGAAGCUGUCGAUGCAGUGCAAAGACUUUGUCGUUGGGCUCCUUGAUCUGUGCAGAAAUACCGAAGAGGUGGAGGCCAUCCUGAAUGGGGACGUUGAAGUGCGCCACAGCGGGGGAGAUCCCGGCCGUCCAAAUCUCAGCCGUUUAAAACUUGCCAUUAAAUACGAAGUAAAAAAAUUUGUAGCGCACCCAAACUGUCAGCAGCAACUUCUGUCCAUCUGGUAUGAGAACCUGUCCGGUCUACGGCAGCAGACGAUGGCGGUGAAGUUUCUGGUGGUCCUUGCGGUGGCCGUCGGAUUGCCCUUCCUGGCUCUCAUCUACUGGUUUGCUCCGUGCAGCAAGAUGGGAAAGAUCAUGCGCGGACCGUUCAUGAAGUUCGUGGCUCAUGCCGCCUCCUUUACCAUCUUUCUGGGACUGCUAGUCAUGAACGCGGCUGACAGAUUCGAGGGCACCAAACUCCUUCCCAAUGAAACCAGCACAGAUAAUGCAAAGCAGCUGUUCAGGAUGAAGACGUCCUGCUUCUCGUGGAUGGAGAUGCUCAUUAUAUCCUGGGUAAUAGGCAUGAUAUGGGCUGAAUGUAAAGAAAUUUGGACGGAGGGCCCCAAGGAGUACUUGUUUGAGUUGUGGAAUAUGCUUGAUUUUGGCAUGUUAGCGAUCUUUGCGGCAUCAUUCAUUGCAAGAUUCAUGGCAUUUUGGCACGCUUCCAAAGCCCAGCGCAUCGUUGAUGCGAAUGAUACUCUGAAGGACUUGACCAAAGUCACACUGGGAGACAACGUGAGAUAUUACAACUUGGCCAGGAUCAAGUGGGACCCCUCUGACCCUCAAAUCAUAUCUGAAGGUCUUUAUGCAAUUGCUGUAGUUCUGAGUUUCUCAAGAAUAGCUUAUAUUUUACCAGCCAACGAAAGCUUCGGGCCCCUGCAGAUAUCGCUCGGGAGAACAGUGAAGGACAUCUUCAAGUUCAUGGUCAUCUUCAUCAUGGUGUUCGUGGCCUUCAUGAUCGGGAUGUUCAACCUCUACUCGUACUACAUCGGUGCAAAGCAAAACGAAGCUUUCACGACAGUGGAGGAGAGCUUUAAGACACUGUUCUGGGCUAUCUUUGGACUUUCUGAAGUGAAGUCAGUGGUCAUCAACUAUAAUCACAAAUUCAUUGAAAACAUCGGUUAUGUUCUUUAUGGAGUCUAUAAUGUCACAAUGGUCAUUGUUUUGCUAAAUAUGCUAAUUGCAAUGAUCAACAACUCCUUCCAGGAAAUUGAGGAUGACGCUGAUGUGGAAUGGAAAUUCGCAAGGGCCAAACUUUGGUUUUCCUACUUUGAGGAGGGAAGAACUCUACCUGUUCCCUUCAACCUGGUGCCAAGUCCAAAGUCCCUGUUUUAUCUCUUACUGAGACUUAAAAAAUGGAUUUCUGAGAUGUUCCAGGGCCAUAAGAAAGGUUUCCAGGAGGAUGCAGAGAUGAACAAGAGAAAUGAAGAAAAGAAAUUUGGAAUUUUGGGAAGUCAUGAAGACCUUUCAAAAUUACCACUUGACAAAAAACAGCUUGGGCAUAGUAAACAAUCAAGUGUAAGGAGCUCAGAAGAUUUCCAGUUAAACAGUUUCAAUAAUCCUCCAAGACGGUAUCAGAAAAUUAUGAAGAGGCUCAUUAAAAGAUAUGUACUGCAAGCCCAGGUAGAUAAAGAGAGUGACGAAGUGAACGAAGGGGAACUGAAGGAAAUUAAACAGGACAUCUCAAGCCUCCGUUAUGAACUCCUUGAAGAAAAAACUCAGAAUUCAGAAGACCUAGCAGAACUAAUUAGAAAACUUGAAGAGAAAUUAUCAAUGGAACCAAAUCAAGAGGAAAGCAAUAGAUAAUGCAAAGACUUCCUUUAAAAAUCGUAUUUAUUUGUCCACUUGAAGCCAUAUUAUUUUCCAAUUUAUUUUUUUAAGUGCCAGUGUGACCACCUUUUAAACAAGAAAAUAGCCCAAAGAUAACUUGAGUCAUCCCAUCCUUGGAAACCCUGAUAUUUAAUAUUUUUGGUGAUUGAAUUUCUUUGUUCAGGCUAAAGUUUGCAGAUUAUGAUGGAAAUUGUGCCCGGAUGUUUGAUGGUUGUUUUUAUUAACUGCUUUCUUGGGUAUAACUAUUGCGAUGAUGUGAUUCUGUGUCCUGUCUGCCUGGGGACAUCCCCUGUGCCAUUUCCUUUAAAGGUGACUUCAGGUAACGUCUUGCCUGCUUUAUGGCUCCCAUGAUGGUGAUUUCCAGCCCUGAAACCUAGGGAAAGAUGAUCUAUGGCUAUUUGGAGAAAGCUGUUGAAUUAUCUCUGCUUGGCCCCCACAGACUAUGAUUGGGAAUAUCUGGGCAAAAGGCGAUUAAAUCUUUCCUGAACUCCCUGAUUCAUCUCGCUGAAAAUAUUACACUUAACAGUGAAAAAGUGCUUCCUUUACUGAGCCCUGAAAACACGAUUUAGUGUGUGUGUGUGUCUGUGUGUGUGCUCACACAAAUGUGUAUGAAAUGCUUGUCCUGUUUUCUUUUGCAGCCAAUACAGACUCUCAGCCCCUCCUUAUGUUACAGUUUUUUACUGUGCCUGAAAGAUUAUUGACCAGAUAAGAACCCUUUAUUGGAGAAGUAUCAAAGUCACAAAUGAUGGGGGUGAUUCGGUCCAAUGAUAGUGUAGUUUUGCGCCAUUUCUGAGGGCAGUUACAGGGGAAUUCCCACAUUUGGCAUCGAGUAUAAAGGGAAAGGCGUUGUUCUUACCGGUGGUUUGAGGCAGGAUCUAAAACAACACAAGAGAGAAAUGAACGUUCAUCUGUGCGAUUCGACAAACUGCCAACAUUUGAAUGACUGUGGCCAUUAACUGCCGGUGUUGCUUUAAAUUCAACGAAGGGAGGCUUCACAUGCAAAUUUUUAACUUCAUUCUAGAGAUAAAAUGGUCACAAAAAUCUAGUUAGCCCUAACGUUGGCUUAAUUUAAAUCAAAGAAGCUUUAUGUAACCAGAUCAGGAAAUGCAUCUGAAAUUUUACAUCCAGUGAUUUUGUAUUUGUGGGUAUUAUUUAUUGAGAAGUUGUUUAGUACUAAUACAGAAAAGGUGUACAUUCAAACGUUUUGUGACAAUAUUUGAAUCAGAAGCUGUAAAAACGAGCCUCGUACCAAAGACGCUAUGAGCACAUUAAAAUAAUCCAGUGUCCACAACGCUUGUGUGUUGUGCUGAGCCAGAGGUAGGCCUCCGUGCCAAGGGGCGCUCGGGCCGCAAAGGGGCUCGACUCCAGGGAAUCGAGAAGAGACCCUCACGCUCCCCAGUGUCUUUAAGUCAGGCUGACCUGACAAGAUACAGGUUUUGGGAAGUGCAACAGGCACGACUACAGCUCUCCCGGUAAAACACUGCCGGCGGCAGCUGUGCACGACUCAGAAGCGUUGGUAGGUCCUCCAGGCGCACGUUCUCCUCCAAGUGCAGCUGGGUCGGCCCUGCUUCUGAUUUCCUUUCGAUUGGAACGUGAAAAGAGAAGCCAACUGUAUGUUAAGAAAGGUUUUAAAAAUUGCAACGAGCUUAAUUAAAGGCACACUGUCUGUCAGAGAUGGUCACAAGCAUGACUACAUCAGUCUCAGGCCCGUUGGCUGUAAAUCCUGUAUUCAUGUUGCAGUCAGCCUAACCUUUAAAAAUAAAGUGAUUCCUCUGUUGAAAUGUAUUUAUCCAACCUGUUCUCUCUGCCAUAUUUCUCUUCUCAGAUUUGGUGCUUUCUGGAGGCUGGGGCAGCCCAGUGACGUCUAACUGUGACCACGCGGGUCCUCUGUGAGGGCCGAGCCAGUCACGCCUCCUACUACCACCGAUCAAAACCAAGUCCCUGUAUUUGUAUGACCAGGCCUAGUUUUACUCUCUGCUGUUCUCCUUAUGCCAAAGCUGAGAAAUAACACAGAUUCAGGAUGAUUUUACUAGGCAUAGCCAGUGAAUUACCAGAACCUACUAUCUGCUUAAAACGUUGCCAGGGACUAAAAAGAAUGAAAAAUGAGUGUCUGAACUCAGGGAGCUUGCAGCCAAAU